AUGUCGAAAACACCAACAACCAUAGGCGAAAACUAUGCUGUCCUUCCCAUCUCAAUUCCCUCCACACACGCAUACCCCGUCACAACCACACACCAUAUAUAUCUGCGACAACAUGCUCCAAAGAUUUCGACCGAGAAUGAUUCACGGAGUCUCUUCGCAACAAACCUACCCAUCGAUUCCACAGAUGUUCAUAUUCGAAGCAUAUUCACAGCAUUGAUUGGCGUAGGACGAGUUGAAGGAGUGCGAUUCGAUGGAGAAAAGGAAGACAUUACUGCGCAGAAACAAAUCGAAACUAUUUCGCAGAGCAAGAAAAGGAAGAGAGGAAGCGAAGCCGAAAUUGAUACAAGUUUACCACAAGGAUGGGAUAGACAAUUGCGCAUUAAAGGAAGAACGGCUGUGGUAUUAUUGGUAGAUGAGAAGAGCGUGGAAUCGGUGCUAAAGGCUGUACGAAAGACUUGUAAAUCAGGAAAGGAAUCAAAAUAUCCAGUUUGGGGCGCAGGUACAGAAGGAAAGGUGCCUACUCUAGGUAGUGCGCGAUAUGCCAAGAGACAGGAACUACGAUUCCCUGAUAAAUUGGCGGUACAAAGGAGUGUGGAGGGUUUCAUGACGAACUUCAAUAGUAAGGAAGAAGAGAGGGAGAGGGAAAGGAAGAAAUUGAGGAAUGUGCCGGAUGAGGAUGGAUUCAUGACGGUAGUAAGGGGUGGAAGGACAGGUCCAGCGAGGAGUGAGGCGGCGGAAGAAAAGAGGAGAGAGAUGGCUGAGAAAGAGGAGAGGAGGAGGAAAGAAUUAGAGGACGCAGGAUUCUAUAGGUGGCAGGGACGCGAGAAGAGAAAGAAGGAGGUUGGUGAGCUCGUUAAGAGAUUUGAGGAAGAUAGGCAGAGGGUGGAAGUCAUGAGAGAGAAAAGAGGAAGGUUCAGACCUGAGAGAUGA